CCUUCUCAGGGCUCAGAAAUGCUCCGUCGUGCGUGUGAACCUCACCCUGUGGAUCUGCCAUCUGGGGGGACACUGGGCGGCUUCCACCCUUGGGCGACUGUGAACGCGGGAGGGGAUGGAGCCGCUUGGCAGCAACCUCGUGAGGAGGGUCAGAAAACACAGCAAGACUCACGCUGCGCGGCCGCUUCGGCAGAGGGUGUGGUGGUUCUUGGAACAUUGGAGACACACUUGCCAGGCAAGCCAGCCGUCCGCUCUCGGAGGUCACGCAGGAGAAAUGGAAACUCGAAGGAUCACACGAAAACCGGUAAGUGGAUUUUCACUGCAGCUGUAUUCGCAGUUGCAAAAACCUGUGAGCAACCCAUGAGCCCAUCACCAGACGAACAGCUCCGCAGAAGGGGUGCAGCCUACGAUAGGGUACUCUCCUCACGGAGAGGAACGCUGUCCUGCAGCACCCUGCCGCCCGGGGAGCCAGGAAGACGUCAGCCGCGUGGAAGAGCCAGGCACCGAGGGCCACGGGCCGUGCGAGUCCGUUCAUGUGUCAGUCGGGAACAGGCAAAACCACCAGCUCGGACGUCAGAUCAGUGGUCGUUGGAGCCGGGGCUGCGGGCAGGGGGCCCGAGGGAACCUUCCAGACUGAAAACAUCGCAGUGGCCGUGUGCGUUUGUCAGAACUCACUGAGUCAUACAUUAGAAAGGGGGAAUUUUUUUUGUACGUGAAAUUUACCUCAAUAAACCUGACCUAAAAAAAAAAUAAUGCUUUUCAAAGUUCCCCCUUCCAAAAU